AUGUCAAAUUCAGCUUCUGAAGAUCACGAUCACGAUGAUGGUGUGGAAGAGUUAGGGGAGUUACGUGAGCCGCCUUAUCAAAACCCUUCCGCACCUCCUCACGAGUCAUUCGUUGUAUCAACAACGGUUGAUCCAAGUUACGUGAUAUCUUUGAUAAGGAGACUUCUGCCGUCGGAUGUGAAUGGUUUGGUUCGUGAAGAACCAGCAGCUGAAGGCGUUAUUGAGGAUGCCACAAACUUGCCUGAAAAUGGCAGAGGAGCUGAAGCAAUGGAAUCUUAUGAGAACCAUGAUAAAUUAGAGGGACGAGAACCAUCGAAUGGUUAUAAAGAUGAAGGCGGAACUGUUGGAGAACGAACUUGGGAAGAAUGUGGAUGUAUAUUAUGGGAUCUUGCCGCAAGUGAAGAUCAUGCUCAAUUUAUGGUUCAAAAUCUUAUCCUUGAAGUGCUUUUGGCUAGUCUUGCAGUUUCUCCAUCCUCGUGUAUUACUGUUGCUUUCCGUUACAGGAGAUUAGUCUUGGAAUCAUUGGAAACUUUGCUUGCCAUGAAACUGCCAGAAAAUGUAUAG